CUAGAGUGAUCAGCCAGCGAUGCAUAUGGUCCAUCAUUCUAUAAAGCGCGAAGACAGCCCUGCCAAACAAAGAGAGCAUCACGACCAGCAGUGGUAUAUCGUUUUGUUUCUUGCACUCGUUGUGAGCGUGCAUGGUCCUCUGGGACGUAACCACUUCAAUCUUUGCUUGCACAAGCCUCUGGACCUCUCCGAACCUGCGCCUCACAGGAUCUCAGCAUGGCAGACUCCGCUUCGGCACCCGGCCAUUCGCAAGCCGCUUUCUCCUCGUCCUCGACCACCCUUGAUCUGGAGAAGCGUGGAUCCUCUGAACUCGCUCUUCAGGCUAAUGGAGCUUCUUCCGAAGACAUCCCGACCCCCAAGCCCAGUGGUCCCAAUCCGGCGGACUUUCCCGAUGGGGGCCUGCAGGCAUGGACGGUUGUGGUAGGCUCCUGGUGUUGCAUGUUUGCCUCCAUGGGAUGGAUCAAUUGCAUUGGGGUCUUCCAAGACUACUACGAACAGAAUCAGCUGUCUUCUUACUCGCCCUCUACGGUUGCCUGGAUCAGCUCGACUGAGACUUUCAUGAUGUUCUUGGGCGCCCCAGUCUUUGGAAAGAUCUUCGACAACUUUGGCCCGCGAUAUAUGCUGUUGGCGGGCACGGUAUGCCACGUGCUGGGCCUGAUGAUGACCAGCCUGGCGUCCAAGUAUUAUCAGUUCUUCCUGGCCCAGGCUAUCCUCAGUGCCCUGGGGGCGAGUGCGCUCUUCUACGGCUGUUUGAAUCCCAUCGGCACCUGGUUCUUCAAGAAGCGUGCCUUUGCCUUUGGUAUCAUUGCCGCCGGGGCCUCCCUGGCCGGCGUCAUCCUGCCCAUCAUGAUCGCGCGUCUCAUUCCCCGGGUCGGCUUUGGCUGGUCCAUGCGUGCCGUGGCCUUUCUGUUUUUGGGCCUGCUGGCCAUUAGCAACUUGACGAUACGAUCGCGACUACCUCCGAAGCCUACGCCAGUGGCCCUGAACCAGUUUUUGGUUCCUUUCACGGAGCUACCAUUUCUCUGUGUUGCAUUGGGAAGCUUCUUCUUCUUCUGGGGAGUCUUCUUGCCGACCAAUUUCAUUAUCCUUGAGGCGCAGCAUGACGGCAUGUCGCAUGGCCUGUCGGAGUAUCUUCUGUCUAUCUUGAAUGCUGGCAGCGUGUUGGGUCGUAUCCUUCCAGGCUGGCUCGGAGACCGGGUCGGCCGCUUCAACGUCAUGAUCGUCACCACCUAUCUCACCAGUAUCAUCGUCCUGGCGCUGUGGAUCCCCGGUGACUCCAAUGUGCCUAUCAUUAUCUUUGCAGCACUGUUUGGAUUCACCAGCGGUACCUUCGUGAGUAUGGUCCCUGCCAUCGUGGCCCAGGUGACUAAGGACAUCCGCACUAUCGGCGUACGCAACGGGUCAAAUUUCUUUAUUAUCAGCCUUGCAGCCUUGACUGGGAACCCAAUUGCCGGCGUGCUUGUGACACGCGACGGAGGCGGCUACCUGUACCUACAAAUCUUCUGUGGGGUCACGAUGUUUGUGGGUAGCACCUUCUUUCUCCUGGCUCGCGUGGUGCAGGUUGGUUGGGUAUGGAAGCGGAUCUGAAGUCGCUGUUUAUGGAAAGAGUAAGGAUUGAAUGAUUCUCAUCAUCAUCCUGAUCAACAUUAGCAGUGCAAACGUUGCAGAGAAAGAGAAGGCGAGAAAUUAGGGGUGGCUGCUAACAUGAACGCCGAAGCACUGGCUAAGUGAUUGGCAGCCACUGGAAGGGGUGAGAGCGGUAGGGAGGACAGGACCGGAGUGGUGGUGAUAGAAUAGAGAGCUAGUUAUUGUUGUCCCCGGCAUGAGAAUGGUGUUAUUUUGCCUGGGUCUCGUUCAAUGACAUGAUUUAAUGAUAGGGACUAGCUGGUAGGGGUUCUGAUCACAUGAUUGUCUCAUUUUCCCGUCCGUGUCAAUGCAAGACU